CCGUGUGUAUGUGGAGAUGAGUGCAUGGACACAGUGUGAUCCCAGCGAUUGAUGAUUACCCUGUAAGUGUGUGUGAUCAGGUCGUGUUGUUGGAGCUGGUGUCGAGACUCUGAACCCGUCAUGGAGUCGGGAAAGUAUUUUACAGCAGGUGGGACUGCAUGGUGCAUUGAACUGGUUCCCUGCACACUAGGUCAGCGCAUUACAGGCACCUUUCAAUAUCUGUGUGUCCUACAGCAGCUGACAGGCACUCUAGCCCUAGCAGUGUUUUCAGCAGUCUUGGGUUCUCUACAGUUCGGAUACAGCCUGGGCGUCAUCAAUGCGCCACAGAAGGUGAUCGAGCAGCAUUAUGGGCGGUCCCUGGGGGUGCUCCCUGAGGAGCCUCUUCUCCUAUCAGAGAACGGUACAGAGACAGAGAAGCAGGAAGUGCAUCCCUCUGUGGUCAUGUAUUGGUCUCUGUCUGUGUCGAUCUUCUCCAUCGGGGGCGUGGUGUCGUCCUUCCUGGUGGGCUUCAUUGGAGACCUGAGAGGAAGGGUGAAGGGCAUGUUGAUGGUGAAUGUGUUAGCAGUAAUAGCAGGACUACUGAUGGUGAUGGCUAAGAUGUGGAAACCUCAUGUCAUGGUCAUCGCUGGACGAUGUGUAAUGGGUUUCUACUGUGGUCUGUCCUCAGGGUUAGUUCCUAUGUAUAUAGGGGAGAUAGCUCCCAUGGCCUACAGAGGAGCUCUGGGAACCUUACAUCAACUGGCUACUGUUACUGGUAUACUACUGAGUCAGGUGCUAGGUCUAGAGUUCCUCCUGGGUAAUGACUACUACUGGCCACUGCUGCUGGGUCUGUCUGGAGCCCCUGCUGUGUUACAGUCUCUACUGCUGCCACUGUGUCCUGAGAGUCCCAGAUACCUCUACAUCAAGAGAGGCAUGGUUGAGGAGGCUAAGAAGAGUCUGCGUCGUCUGAAGGGAGAGUAUGACCCAUCAGCUGACCUGGAGGAGAUGAGGAGGGAGAAGGAGGAGGUGGAGAAGGAGGCGCAAGUCUCUAUCGCCGUCCUGGUGCGGUCGUCUCUCUACAGGCAGCAGCUGUUUGUAGCCCUGAUGAUGCAUCUCUCACAACAACUGUCUGGAAUCAACGCUAUCUUUUAUUACUCAACAGCCAUCUUUGAGAGAGCAGGAGUCACUCAGCCUAUCUAUGCAACCAUUGGAGUAGGAGUUCUCAAUACCGUCUUUACGAUGGUGUCGGUGGCUCUAGUGGACAGGGCCGGCAGACGAACGUUGACCCUGAUUGGUUUAGGUGGGAUGUGUAUCUGUGCCGUCGCCAUGACAGUCGGCCUCGUGUACCUGAGUGUCUACUCCUGGAUGUCCUAUGUCAGCAUGUCGGCCAUCUUCCUGUUUGUGUGUUUCUUUGAGAUCGGCCCUGGUCCCAUCCCCUGGUUCAUCGUGGCUGAGUUAUUCAGUCAGGGCCCCAGGCCUGCUGCUCUAGCUCUGGCUGGCUGCACCAACUGGACCAGCAACUUCAUCAUAGGCAUGACCUUCCCUUACAUAGAGGCUCUGUGUGGUAGCUAUGUGUUCAUCCUGUUUGCGGUGCUGUUGUUUGGCUUCACUGUGUUCACUUACCUGCGCGUGCCGGAGACCAAAGGGAAGACAUUUGAGGAGAUAGCAGCUGUGUUUAAAAAGGGAAGACAACAAACACCCGGAACCAGAAAGACUGGAACUGGUACUGGUACUGGUACCUCCACCGAGCUGGAGCAGCUCAAAUCAGACUCCCACGCCUGACAUGCUCACUAGUCCAGGGGCAAGCUUUAGUUCCAGCCCUGCACUAACAUAUCUGAUUAGCUUAAUCUGGUGUGUUACCGCAGGGCUCGAAUAAUUAGCAUUGUGACAGAAUGUAAAUGAUGAUAGUCCUAAAUCCUGAUUGCCAUCUAGAUAGGCGUUUACUUCCAGGAACAACUCCUGACAUUUCUAACUUUACAUAACUCAUACACAGGGCCCAGAAUGUUUCCUGCCCAGGAUAAAGCAGACAGAAAAACUCUUGUCUCUACUGUAUCAUUCAUGGUCAGUACAAUAGCGAGAAAGACAGCAGGUGGUUUUGUUUCUAGAGGUUCCAUUAUCCUGUUCUACCAUGUUCAAUAUGUAACUGACUGAAUGUAUUCACACAAGUUGAAUGUCAACAAAUGGGACUUUAGGAUUACUAUUAAUAAAUGACUACAAAGAUA